GCCUUCCGUCGAACGAGCCCUAUUAUUAUCUCAUAUUUAGCGAACUCUUACGCGCGAAUAAACAUUUGGGCGCCGUCUAGUCGCUCGGUUGAAAGAGGUGAAAGGGUGAUCUGAGAGCGAUGGCUGCUAGUGGAGUGGAAGAAGAUCGGCCAUGGCAGUCUUACAACACCGUCUAUACUAAUGCCAAAGCUGGAAUGGAAGGUGUUGACAAGGAGAGGGUUCAGAAGAUUGUCUAUGAGAUGAGCAAGGGAUCAAAAUAUUUUGAGAAUGAGCAACGUAAAGAGUCUACGAUCAACCAAAAAAUUGAGCAAUUGCAUUCUUGUUACCUGAAACUUACGGAGAAUGAUAUAUCACACUUCCAAAUGCUUGCAGAUACAAGAGUGUUAGAGCUGGAAGCUAUGAGAGACCUAUCAAAGUUGUGGCUUCAUGUUGACAUGGAUGCAUUCUACGCAGCAGUUGAAACUCUAGAAAAUCCAUCACUAAGAGACAAACCUUUGGCAGUUGGAAGUAUGUCUAUGAUAUGUACAGCAAAUUAUGAGGCUCGAAGAUAUGGGGUCCGUGCUGCGAUGCCUGGAUUUAUUGCACGAAAAUUGUGUCCAUCAUUGGUUUUUGUUCCAACAAACUUGAAGAAAUAUAGCCAUUAUAGUGAUUUGACCAGAAAAGUCUUCUCGAAAUAUGACUCGAACUUUGUUGCUGCUAGCUUGGAUGAAGCAUACCUUGACAUCACAAGAAUCUGCAUAGAUCAAGAAAAAAGUGGUGAAGAGAUUGCUCAACAGCUCAGAACUGGCAUCUUUGAGGCAACAGGUCUUACUUGUAGUGCUGGUGUAGCACCAAAUCGCUUGCUUGCAAAGGUUUGCUCAGAUAUCAACAAACCAAAUGGUCAGUUUGUUUUGCCCAGUGACAGGGAAGCUGUCAUGACAUUUAUAUCGUCACUUCCCAUACGAAAGAUCAGCGGCAUUGGCAAGGUUACAGAACAAGUUUUAAGGCAUGCCCUUGGAAUCCAGACUUGUGAGGAGAUGCUACGAAAGCGUGCUUUUAUAUUUGCUCUAUUUUCUUCCCGUUCAGCAGAUUUUUUUCUGUCCGUUGGACUGGGCAUUGGAGCAACAAAUACACCAAGCUGGAGGCCACGGAAGAGCAUUAGCACUGAACGGACAUUUUCUACAACAACUGAUGAAGCAAUGAUUUAUCAAAAAUUAGCUAAUGUUGCAGAAACAUUAUCAUCUGACAUGCAAGAAGAUGGUCUUUGUGGACGUACUUUAACACUUAAAUUGAAGACUGCAUCCUUUGAGGUCCGUACACGAGCCCUUUCACUGCAAAGAUACAUUUUCUCAAAGGAUGAUAUACUUGCUCAUGCUUACAAGUUGCUUAAGGCAGAGCUUCCUGUUUCAUUGCGACUGAUAGGACUACGCAUGUCACACCUAAACGAAGUCAAAUUGGCUGCUGCUGAUCCUAUGCAGAAAACACUUUCCAGCUAUAUGAUCUCAGAUGGCAUAUCUGCUAAAGAUGCCCCUUCUAGCACAUGUGGUGAUGUUCGUGAAGAUUUUCACAAGGAUGACCCAGGAGUUGCUUUUCCCAUUGAAAAUGAAGAUAGUUUUCUUUCAGAUACUUAUAUAAAUGAAAUGGAGUGUCUAUCUGAUUUGGCUGACCAGUCUGAUUUGGACAUAUCAUCGAAAAACCUUAUCCUCUGUGAUGCCAGUGAAUCCUUACAAAAUCUUCAAUCUGGGCAUUCUAUGGAGCAGCUAAAGAAGAAUGAACUCCCAGUGAAUGAAGAGAUCAAUGUUUUGGGUGCUAAAGACACAGUUUUAUCUGAAAUGGAUGGACAACCUUUCUGGAUUGAUGAUUCUAGAUGCUCAUUCUGUGGUUUUGAAUUACCUCCAAGUUUUUUCAUUGAGAGGCAAGAACAUUUGGACUACCAUCUAGCAGAGGUGCUUCAGAAGGAAGAAUCCCAACAUGUACUUGCACAAAGGACUCCACCAAAACAUAGGCCUAAACGUACUAAGGAAAGUGGGAGGAAGAAGCACAAGUCAUCUUUGAGAGAGGUUAAGCAUAUCCCAAUUGACUUUUUUUUUGCGAAGGAGAAGCAGUAAUCUGGGGGCUCUUUCCUAUGAGGUGAUUUGUGUAUAUAUAUUUGUUCUUUGAAUUUGUGUGUUGAUGCCUCCUUAACUAUGUUAGUAUUCUGCAAAAAUCUAUUCUAAUUGAAAAAAUAAAGGAAUAACUGACCACAUUCAAAAGAGCUUUUA